AUGGCGACUUCUAGGAACAUAAUUCGGCGGGCGCUUAUGUACGUCCCCGGCUCCUCCAAGAAGAUGCUCGAUAAGACCUCCUCCAUGCGCGUCGACACCGUAGCCUACGACCUCGAAGACUCCGUCGCACCCCAUAUGAAAGAAGAAGCGCGCCACAACCUCGUCUCCAUCCUGUCCAAACCACGCCCCAGCACUAUAAAAGAAAUGUGCGUGCGCAUAAACAGCGUAGACACGGGCCUCGCCCUCGACGACCUCACCUCCGUGCUCAAAGGCGAACAUCUCGACGCGAUCAUGCUACCCAAGUGCGAAAGCGCCGCGGAUCUGCACUUCGUCACCGACGUGAUAAGACACAUGUUGCCGGAGCGACACCCCUCGACCGGCGUGCAGAAGGAGGGCGCCCGACCGCCGAUAUCGAUAAUAGCGUUGAUUGAAAGUGCGAAGAGCAUACAGAACCUUGCGGAGAUAUGUAAAGCAAGUCCCUAUCUUUCAGGCUUGGUCUUUGCGGCCGAGGACUUCGCAAAGGAUAUGAGCAUAACGCGGACGCCGUCGCUGACAGAGUUUCUGUAUGCGCGGUCGGCUAUUGCGACGCAUGCGCGGGCGGCGGGGUUGCCAUCCACGAUUGAUCUCGUGUGCACGGCGUACAAGGGGCCGGAGGGUCUCAAGACGUUGGAAGAGGAGUGCCUAAAUGGCAAAGGUAUUGGGUUCAACGGGAAGCAGUGCAUACACCCUAGUCAGAUUGAGGUAUGCCAGCGAACAUUUGCGCCUGGAGAGGCAGAGGUAGAGUGGUCGGCGAGAGUCGUUAUUGCCGACGAGAAGGCGAGCAAAGCAGGACGCGGCGCUUGGACGCUCGAGGGGAAGAUGAUCGACGUGCCUGUCGUCAAGAAAGCGAGAGCAGUCUUAGAAAGAGCCGAACUGUGUGAGAUCAAUGUGGACGCGGUGAGAGAAAAGUGGAAAGAUCAGGAGCCUGAGUAG